GGCUUUAAGCAGCAAGCUCUUACAGUAUCCACAGAUCCAGAGCAUCGCUUCGAACUUGCUCUUCAGCUUGGAGAACUGAACAUUGCAUACCAAUUAGCAGUAGAAGCAGAGUCAGAACAAAAGUGGAAACAACUUGCCGAACUUGCCAUCAGUAAAUGUCAGUUUGGCCUUGCCCAGGAGUGCCUGCACCACGCGCAGGAUUAUGGGGGUCUGUUGCUCUUGGCCACUGCCUCCGGAAAUGCUAGUAUGGUGAACAAACUAGCAGAGGGUGCGGAGAGAGACGGCAAGAAUAACGUGGCAUUCAUGAGCUACUUUUUACAGGGCAAGCUUGAUGCUUGCCUGGAACUCUUGAUUAGAACUGGCCGACUGCCAGAAGCUGCCUUCCUGGCCCGGACUUACUUACCCAGUCAGGUUUCAAGGGUGGUGAAACUCUGGAGAGAAAAUCUUUCAAAAGUUAAUCAGAAAGCAGCAGAAUCCCUUGCCGAUCCAACCGAGUAUGAAAACCUUUUUCCUGGAUUAAAAGAAGCCUUUGUUGUGGAAGAAUGGGUGAAGGAAACACAUGCUGAUCUGUGGCCAGCCAAGCAAUACCCACUUGUCACGCCAAAUGAAGAAAGAAAUGUUAUGGAAGAGGCAAAAGGCUUUCAGCCCUCAAGAGCUGCAGCUCAGCAGGAACUUGAUGGGAAACCUGCUUCUUCUACUCCAGUUACUGUGGCCUCCCACACAGCCAACAAAGAAGAAAAGAGUUUACUCGAACUGGAAGCUGAGCUGGAUAAUUUGGAAUUAGAAGAUAUUGACACAACAGACAUCAACCUAGAUGAAGACGUUUUGGAUGAUUGAGUAUAAUGUUUC